AGAAGCCUCCCAAGGGUCAACAUGAUGUCCAGAAGCCUCGUCGUCUUCUUCUUCUUCUUCUUCUUCCUCCUCGGUGACCCCCUGCACCUUCACGCCCUGCCGAUUGAGAAGCGGGAUGCAAGCUUGGAGACGACUGUGACAGAUAGCAACAGGAAGGACCCCGGCAUCACAACCACUAUGGACGAAAUCCUGCAAAUCAACUCGGCUGACGCUCAGCAGAUCUCCGGCGGGCACAUCAUUCGUUACGGAGACGUGGCCGAUUCGCUGAUGAGGAACGCCAUGAUCUGUCCCGGCGACGGCUGCUUCUGGCCCAAGGCGAGCGAUGGCUUCGUCUACGUGCCGUUCACGGUGUCGCCCGUCUACUCCCCGUCCGAGGUCCGAGCCAUCCAGCGCGCCAUAGCGGACAUCGCCAACAGCACCUGCGUUCGGCUCGUGCCGCGCACCACGGAGGUCGACUACCUGAGCUUCCAGAGCCUCGACGGGUGCUGGUCCUACUUCGGCAUGACCGGCGGAAAGCAGGCGGUGUCCCUGAAGUCGCCCACCUGCCUACUUAAGGGGGUCGUCAUUCACGAGAUCAUUCACGCCCUCGGCUUUUACCACGAACACAACCGCAGCGACCGCGACAAAUACGUGAAUGUCAUCUGGAGCAACGUGCAGCCAGGGCAGGAAGACCAGUUCAGCAUCCUGCAGACGAACAACCUGAACACCAAGUACGACUACGGCUCCAUCAUGCACUACGGCAGGUAUAACUUUGCUAUCAACCCAUCGAUGCCCACCUUGGAGCCCAUUCCAAACCCUUCUGUCAGCAUCGGCCAGCUGAGCGAAAUGAGUGCCACCGACAUCCUGAAGAUCAACCGGCUCUACGGCUGUGGCGGUUCCUCAAAUAUGGAGACGGUGGUCCAGACUUCACCGAGCACAACGAAGCGCAGCACUACCACCACCACCAAGCCCACCACGAUGGCUGGUCCAAAAUGUGCCAACGUGGUCCUGACGGCCCCAUUUCAGCGCUUCAACUCGCCCAACUUCCCAAGUCUGUAUCCGAACAACGCAAACUGCCAGUGGCUGAUACUGGGGAAGUCAAAGGUUCUGCUGACCUUCACCGCGAUGAACAUCCAGCUCACCGUAAACUGCGUGGCCGACUACGUGCGGGUGUACGACGGGAGCAGCACGCUGGCCAAGCCCCUCAGUCCCCGCCUGUGUGGCUACACCGCUCCCGCGCCGCUGACCUCGACGGGCCCCAGCGUCCUGGUGGUCUUCCACAGCGAUGCCUCCCUCCAGAACUUGGGUUUCCAGAUCUCCUACAGGUUGCUAUGAUAUACAGAGGGGACUGCCUUUGGUGAAGUUGCCCCCCAUCAUCCGCCUCUGUCAGCCUGCCCAGGACAACAUGCAGGACGGGGGCGGGUGAAUGGGACCCUCAAAAAAGGGAAAAUCACAGGGAGAGGGGACACCAGGUCUGGGACUGCUAAGCUGAGGAAAUGCCAGUCAGGAAGGCUGGAGAGGUGCAAGGGAUUCUGGGAGAUGGAGUUUUAUCUGCUGCCUGCCAUUUGAUUGUUAAUUGUUGA